UUUAUAUUUUUUACAGUUCACUAGAAAUAAGAUGUAUUUGAUGCUGUUAGUUUAAUAUUUCUAUCUCUACCAAUUGAUGAAGUAUCUCUGUUUGAAGCCAAGCCGAUAUUAGCCAUAGAAAUAAUAAGUACUAUAAAGAUCAUUUAGCUAACUCAUUGGAUGCUGUCUCGCUAUCGGCUGCAUCUACUGAUAAGUCAUCAUCGAAGAGCAAGUUGAGUGGCAAUAAGUUAAACAAUUUACGAAGGACUGGUUCAAAUACCUAUAGUAAAACAUAUUUUGAGGAAUUAUUAAAAACCUAUCAAAUGAAUUCGCCUUAUUACAAAGACCGCCUGAAGGAUUCAAGUCAAUUAGUGAAAUCACUUUCAGAUACCAAUAAUACCAAAUGCAGCGGGAAAAAGUGUGAGACUGAAAAUACCGAAGAAGAAUCUGAAGAAUAUUACUAUGAUUAUGAAUAUGAAGAUGAAGAUGAUGAAGAAGAAGAUGAAGAUGUUGUAGGCAAUGCAGACGCACAAGGUGAUGCUGGAUAUAGUACAACCGCUCGACCAAUAUUUUUGGAAUCAGAAGUCGCGAAUGAAAGCAAAUUGUCAAAUAAUGAAAAUCAUACACAGCAAGUACCGAAUACGAUUGCAGAUAGAUUAGAAAACACAGACACUGCUUCGGAGUCAGUUACUGAUAGAAGCCCGAUGAAAAAAGGGGCUUCGACAACAGAUGCAACUCGAUUGGCCUCAUAUCAUGCCGCAAAAAUCAAACGAGAAGGAUCUUGUUUUACUCCAAAACCGAAGAUGAUCUUAGCAUCGAAUGAUCCUUCGAAACAGUACACUCCUCACUGCACUAUACUUCAUCGAUGUGGAGAUGAUGUUGGUUGCUGUCUGCCGACGCAGACUUGCGCAGCGUCAAAAAAUUCAACGGUGGAACUUUAUUUUUUUGUUAAAACAGUAGGAUCAAGGCCAUCAAUUGAAAGACUGAGUUUUAUCAAUCACACUGAAUGUGCGUGUUUUAGUCGCAAUGAUUCACCGCAAGGGAGAGUGUCUGCUACUCCAACAUCAUCGCCACAGACGGCAGCGCCAAUUUGCGCUUGUCCCUCAUUGUUCCAACGAGUAAUCGAUGAUGAAAAUCGUUGCAUUUGUGAUUGUUCUUCUAGUGAUACGCAGUGUGACCAGUUCAAACGAGGUUUGGAGCAUUUCUCUAUGGAAAACAGAAGAUGCAUCAAAAAUGGACGCUGUAAUGAGCCAUUGUGCGAGUAUGGUCAUUAUAAUAAAGCAAAAGGGAAGUGUCCUACCAGAGAAGACAAGUUUAGCAUGAGUACCAGGGGAUUCUAAUGGCACGGUUAGUGUAAUGUACCAAUAGUUACCAGUGAUGACGAAUUUAGGAUGAAAAAUCAAAAUCGGGUCGUAUAUUAUACAUUUCAAAAGAUCUUUAUUGAUAAUUUCUGUUUUGGGAGAACUAUUGGAGUGUGACAAACUCAUUUUUCUCAGUUUCUUCUAUGUUUUCUCUAAUUAUUUUAUUUUUGUGACACAACGAAGAAUUUUUUAAUAGGAUGUGCAUGUCCUUUGUCGCUGAGCUUAGUAAUAAAACUAGUAAGUAAAAAGGAACUAUUCAAUAUUAAUUUCUAAUUUUCUUCCUUUCUUGUUAGCCCAAUAGUAUCGAGUGGAAAAGAGCUUGCUGUAUUCACAUAGUCAGAUUCAUUAUUUCCACUGACAUAUUUAUAAAUAAUGAGCGAAUAUCUUAUUCAAGACUGCGACGUGUUAAUAAAACGAAGUAGAUUGUUUUAUUAUAAUCGUUUGUAUUUAUUUUCUAUACAAAUCGCGUAAAAUAAUAAAAAUGUACAUAACUAUUAGAUGCCGGCGCAGGCAAGUAUAAAUAAGUAUACAUAUUUUUUUAACCAUAUUGAAAAACUAUGCUAGUCAGUUAAGGAAAAUAGUAUUAAUAUUGUAAGGAGAAGCUUGAUAGAAGUUUCAAACAUCUGCGGCUAUAAUUAGAAACGUUUUGUACAUACAUAGACCGCUUAGGUCAUUUUUUGUGAA